UAUCAUGGCUGAAAAAGACACUGAGAAAAACCAGACUGAAAAACUCCUAAAAAGAGUACAAGAACUGGAGAAGGAAGUACAAAGACUAAAAAAGGAACAGGCCAACAAAAAGGAUUCAAACAAAAGAGAAAAUUCUUUAGGAAAUGUAAAAAGUAAGCGGGCAUUUGACUUCAGUAUUCAUGGCCGAAGGCAUGUAGCUCUUAAGAUAGCCUACCUCGGCUGGAGCUACCAGGGUUUUGCAAGUCAGGAAAACACCAACAAUACCAUCGAAGAGAAGCUGUUUGAGGCGCUAACCAAGACUCGAUUAGUAGAAAGUAGACAGACAUCCAAUUAUCAUCGGUGUGGUCGAACAGACAAAGGAGUGAGUGCUUUUGGACAGGUGAUUUCUCUAGACCUUCGAUCCCAUUUUCCAAAGGACAAAGUUUCCGAGAGUUUUAAUUUAGACACAGUCGAUGAUACUGCUGAAGAGAUACGUUAUACACAUAUUCUCAAUCGAGUGCUCCCUCCAGACAUUCGUAUAUUGGCCUGGGCCCCGGUAGAACCUACCUUCAGUGCUAGGUUCAGCUGCCUUGAGCGGACGUAUCGCUAUUUUUUCCCUCGUGCUGAUUUAGAUCUAAUAACCAUGAAUGAUGCCGCUCAAAAGUUUGUUGGUACACAUGAUUUCAGGAAUUUGUGUAAAAUGGAUGUGGCCAAUGGGGUAGUUAAUUUUCAGAGGACUGUUUUGUCUGCUCAAGUACAGCCAGUGGGCCAGAGCCUGGGUGAAGAGAGAUGGCAAGCAUCUUUCCAGUUAUGUCAGUUUGAAGUGACUGGCCAUGCAUUCCUUUAUCAUCAAGUCCGCUGUAUGAUGGCUAUCCUAUUUUUGAUUGGCCAGGGAAUGGAGAAACCAGACAUUAUUGAUGAGCUGCUGAACAUAGAGAAAAAUUCCCAGAAACCACAAUACAGUAUGGCUGUAGAAUUUCCUCUAGUCUUAUAUGACUGUAAGUUUGAAAAUGUCAAAUGGAUUUAUGACUGGGAGGUUCAAGAAUUCAAUGUUACCCACCUACAACAACUAUGGGCUAACCAUGCUGUUAAAACUCACAUGUUGUACAGUAUGCUACAAGGAUUGGACUCUGUGGCAGUAAAACCCUGUGAAACAGGACCAAAGAUGGAUGGAAUAAUAGAGUGGAGAAAUGUUAAGCCCUCUGUCAUAAAGCAGACCAGUGCCUUUAUAGAAGGAGUGAAAAUGCGCACAUAUAAACCUUUAAUGAAUCGUCCUAAAUGCCAAGGAUUGGAAUCUCGCAUCCAGCAUUUUGUACGUAGGGGACGAAUCCAGAACCCACACUUAACCCAUGAAGAAGAAACAAAAGUGAAAAGGGACUGCAAGGAAACAUUAGAAGAAAGUAAUAUUUUUGAGAAACCGACAAAAAAAAUCUGUGUUGAUGCAGAAAUUAAAAGCAUCAUCUAA